AUGUCGAGCCGAUCGUUCACCAGUGCCCUCACGUGGGGGCUCUUCGUCUUGGCGGCGUCGGGCUGGCCGCUUCGUCGACGGGACGUCUUCGACAACGCCGUGGACAGCCCGGACGGACUGAUCUCCCACCUGCAGCACCUCGGCGAGACGCUCUACGGGCUGCCCGAUAAUGAGACCGGCCUCAAAGUGGCGCAAUGGCACGAGAACAUGGACGUGAACCCCGAGGAGUUGGGCAACUACGCCGAGGGUGACAUCCUGUUCCCGCCGGUUUUCGCGAGGAACGGCCUCAAGGCUGAGAGCGCGCGAUGGCCCAACGGCGUCGUACCCUACAUGAUUAGUCCGUACUUCAACGCGCAACAGCAGAAACUGAUACGCGACGCGAUGGAGGACUACCACAAGUACACGUGCGUCACGUUCAAGCCGUACGCAGGCGAGGAGAGCGACUAUAUCAGGAUCACGGCCGGCAACAGCGGCUGCUGGAGCAGCGUGGGCAGGAUCGGCGGUCGGCAGGACGUCAACCUUCAGGUGCCCGGCUGCGUCACGAAGAAGGGCACGGUGAUUCACGAGCUGAUGCACGCCGUCGGCUUCCUGCACGAGCAGAGCAGAUACGAGCGAGACGACUACGUGAACAUCUUGUGGCAGAACAUUAUGAACGGUCACGGCGGCAAUUUCGAGAAAGCCUCCAAGGAGACCACCGACGCCUUCGGUGUCGGCUACGAUUACGGCAGCGUGAUGCACUACUCGUCGAAGGCGUUCUCCAAGAACGGCCAGCCCACGAUAAUACCCAGAGAGAAAUCGGGCGGCAUUUUGGGCUUCAUCGGCGACAUCUUCCAGGAGAACAGCAGGGAAGAGAUCGGUCAGAGGGAGGGCUUCAGCAAGAGGGACAUUCAGAAAAUCCGAAGAAUGUACAGGUGCAACAAACGCAGGCGUAGCCAGUAUUGAAUCUGGACGAAUCCGGAUCGACCACCCGGCAAUCAACUGAUCUUAAUUAAUUAAUCUGAAUUAAGCAAUGUCGCGUGUUAGAUUGGCGUGUAACAGGAAGAACGAAAAGAAGCGGGAGAAGAAGAAGAUCUAGUCUUACGUGUGAAACGUGCCGGUAACUGAAUACCGUCGAGUAUGGUCAGUAUUAUUGUAGUCAUUAGGCGUUAAACGCGAUACGAUGUCAUAAGUGCACUGGGA